AUGAAGUUUCUAAAGAGCCAGGCCCUAGCCUUGUUGGCUGCAACUUCGGUGCUGGCUACACCGUUGCAAUCCGUAUCGCCACGCGCCAGCAGCUACGUGACAGUAUCGGGCCUCCAAUUCAACAUUGAUGGUAAAACAGGUUACUUUGCAGGCACCAACUGCUACUGGUGUUCAUUCCUCACUAACCAUGCCGAUAUCGAUACAACUUUUGGCCACAUGGCUUCUUCUGGCCUUAAAAUUGUCCGUAUAUGGGGAUUUAACGAUGUUAACCAACAGCCUGGGACUGGAAAUAUUUGGUUCCAGCUGCUAUCAGCAUCAGGUUCGACAAUUAAUACCGGGUCCACUGGACUGGGAAAUCUUGACUACGUCGUUCAGUCGGCUGAAACAAAUGGUCUUAAGCUCAUUAUUAACUUUGUCAACAACUGGAAUGACUAUGGAGGAAUCAAUGCCUAUGUAAACGCUUUUGGUGGCAAUGCGACUUCCUGGUAUACUAAUACUGCUGCGCAAGCUCAAUACCGCAAGUAUAUCCAGGCAGUGGUUAGUCGUUAUACCAACUCGACUGCUAUCUUCGCUUGGGAGUUGGCCAAUGAGCCUCGCUGCAACGGUUGUGCCACCAGUGUUGUCUGGAACUGGGCUUCAAGUGUCUCUCAGUACAUUAAGAGCCUCGAUUCAAACCAUCUGGUAACACUUGGAGACGAAGGACUGGGCCUCGCCACUGGAUCAGAUGGUUCUUACCCAUAUACAUACGGCGAAGGCACAGACUUUGCUAGCUAUAUGAACAUCACUACGCUCGACUUUAGCACUCUUCACCUGUAUCCGAAUUCUUGGGGUGAAGCUUACGAUUGGGGUAGUAGCUGGAUUGAAACCCAUGCUCAAGCAUGCGUGGCAUCAGGCAAGCCAUGCAUGUUGGAAGAAUACGGCGCAACAACUAAUCACUGUGCUAUUGAGUCUCCGUGGCAGCAGACUGCUCUGGCGAGCAAAGGCAUGGCUGCCGAUCUAUUGUGGCAGUGGGGUGAUACCCUUUCCAACGGCCAGUCAUCUGAUGAUGGAAAUACUGUCUACUAUGGAACUUCAGACUUCACAUGCUUGGUUACAGACCAUGUGGCGGCCAUCAAUGGCGGAACUCCACCUCCUCCAGCUUCAAGUACGACCACGAGCAAGGCCACGAGCACAUCGAAGCCCCCCUCUGGUCCUACUGGUAGCUGCUCUCCUCUGUAUGGACAAUGCGGCGGCACCGGUUGGAGCGGUGCUACGUGCUGUUCAUCAGGCACCUGCAAAUACUCGAAUCCGUACUACUCUCAGUGUCUGUCCAGCUAG